AUGCUGGUCGGCCUGGAUCCUGGCUUCUCAAUAGUCGACAUCGACACUUUGGCUGUGACCGAUGUCGUCAGACAGACUCCUGCCGGCAACGUCAGGUUCGGUGCAGUCACUUCUUCGGGUAUGGGAUACAUGGGCAUGGGAAGCUGGGUACCCAAACCCAUGGCGACAAAUCUCACAAACAACAAGAUGCUCAUAGCAAAGGAUGUCAACACAUUGUUCAUCGACACUGAUGCUAAAUCUGCCGACAAACGCCAGAUACCUUGGGCUUUUGCUCCCGAAGCUAUUGGCUACUCUUACCCUUACCUACUGUCGCUGCAGCAAACCGCCAAAGGAGCUCUGGAUGUAAGAAGCCCGGACACUCUUAACCUCCUCCAAACUAUCCCUCUCCCUGGUGCUUCGAUUCUCCACGUACCUCAACCCAACAUCAGCUUAGCCCAUGCUGGUAAAGGCUUCCUUGUUGCAAGCGACAGAUGCAUAUGGCGUAUGGUUGCUCUCAACUACGAAGCCCAAGUCAAGCAGCUUGUCGAGAAGACAAAGUUUGAUGAAGCCAUCAGUCUCUUGAACAUGCUGGAAGACACACUACUCAAAGAUAAGCAAGGUUCCGUCAGAGAGAUUAGUAUGCUCAAAGCUCAGAAUCUGUUUUCACAACAAAAGUACAGACCAGCACUGGACCUGUUCACCGAUGUUUCUGCACCCCCGAAGCGUGUUGUCUCAUUGUAUCCCAAGUCUAUCGCCGGCGAUCUCUCGACUGUCGAAGAGGUCCUAGAGUUUACUGACUCGGAAGAACCAUCUGGUGAAACGAGUGCUGCCGAGGAGAACUCAUCACAGCCCGAGGAUCAUGUCAAGACGGCACAAACUCCGAGCAAGUCUGUGUUGGGCAAGUUCAGGCCUGCAGCCAAGGACGACUCUGAUACAGCAUCGAUUCGAUCUUUCCGUACCACAAGCGAAGCACCUAGAGAAAAGCCAGCAAAAGAUGCACCACUGACUGGCUCAGACUUGAAAGCUGCUGUUAUGGCUCUCUGUUCCUACCUAGCUCAAUCACGUGUCCAAGUCCAGAAGUACAUGAACACAGAUGGCGCACUCAAGACAGAACUGACUGAAGGCUCUACACCACCAUUCAGUAAUCUCAUUGAGCUUCCUGAAGGUGCUGAGAAGGUCGAUUGGCAAGCAGAAUUGCUGGAAGUCGCCAAACUGGUCGAUACGACUCUCUUCCGUGCUUAUAUGCUCGCUCUACCAUCGCUAGCUGGUCCACUAUUCCGUCUUGACAACUUCUGCGACCCCCACGUUGUAGAAGAGAAGCUGUACGAAAGUGGAAGAUACAACGAUCUGAUCGACUUCCUCUACGGCAAGAAGUUACACCGUGAAGCCUUGGAGCUGCUAGAGAGAUUCGGUCGCAACGAAGCAGCAGAAGAAGUCAUGCCUGCUCUGAGAGGCGCUGACAGAACAAUCGGUUAUCUGCAGAACCUACCAGCUGAGCUUAUUGAUAUCAUCCUAGAAUUCGCAGAGUGGCCCAUCAAAGUCAAUGCGCAAAAGGGUAUGGAGGUCUUUGUCGCAGAUACGAGAAAUGCCGAGAAUCUUCCCAAGGACAAAGUGUUGAAGUUCUUGGUGCCGUUGGACAAGUCGCUUGCGGUGCAGUACCUGGAACAUAUCAUUCUUGAGCUGAACGACAAGACGCCAGAGUUCCAUCAAAGGCUUGUAGACUUAUACCUGGAGAAGCUACGCGACAGAAAGGAAAGCAAUGAUGAAGAAAGGAACAGCGCUCGGACGAAGUUGGAAGAGUUCUUGCGUAACAGCACGCAAUACCACAAACUCAAGACCUUCAAUCAACUACCCGCCGAUGGUAAGCAAACAUCACACCCUCACUCCACAGUGAUCAUGCUAAUCUUGUCCAAACAGNAUCCCGAUGUGUACGAAGCCCGCGCUAUCGUCCUCUGCGCAAUGGGAAACCACAAACAAGCCCUCCAGAUCUACGUCUUCCAGAUCUGCGAUCACGAAAAAGCAGAAGAAUACUGCAACAAAAUCUAUCUCUCGACAUCCACUUCUCCGUCGGCACCUGUGGGUUCAAACCCUAACACCGGCAGCCAAACCUACGAAAAAAGCAGCAUGGCCAUGGAUCCCGAAGACCAGCAACCAAACGUUUACACCACACUACUCUCACUGUAUCUCAAGCCGCCGAGUCCGCAAAAGGUGCAGUGGGAACCUGCAUUGCAAUUGCUGUCCAAGCAUGGCCCCAGGCUUCCUGCUGCCAACACUUUGGACCUUAUGCCCAGUGACCUGCACGUCAGCGAACUAUCCUCUUACUUCCUCGGUCGCAUCCGCAGCGCCAAUACCGUAGUCCGAGAAGAACGCAUCCUCACUUCUCUCCAAGCCGUCCUCAAGACCAGUUUGUCUUCUGACCUCGCCUUUGGGCCUGAGCACAUGCAACAAAAGGGCGGAAGAAGCAGAAGAGUCGUCAUCAGAGAAGAAGAUCAUUGCAGGGUUUGUCACAAGAGAUUUGGCAAUUCGGCAGUUAGGGUGUAUCCCGAUAAUGAGGUUAUUCACUAUGGAUGUGUGGGCAGAAGUGGAGUGCAGAGGAUGAAGACGGGACAAGGUCAGGGGUUGCAAGCUUUGAGGCAAUUACCUUGGGGCUAG